GGUUUAGAGGAGAGGCAGCGAUCAGAGUCGAGCAUGGUGAGGUGUGGUGCCGGGAACGAGGAGAUCGUCUUCAGAGACAAGUUCCGCAACAGAUGCUCGAAGUUCCUGGAAGACUUGUGCUUCAAGAACACCAAAGAAUGCGCAAGUCAUGAACUGUUGGAUCAGAUUUACGACGCUGUGUGCAGCCUGCGAGAAAUGCAAUCAACAAGCGUGGAUAUGAUCAGAGUAUGCUGUGCAUAUGCGGAAUUCACGUGUGACAGGAUUUUGGACAAGACACACGGUAGUGGUCUCACGAUGGAAAGUAAGGUUCCGGAUUUACUAUGAGAGGAAGGAGAGUUAGGUCACGAGAGCGACAGGAG